ACUUUGGGUUUAUCCAUCUAUUUUUGCUAACCUUAUUGCGAAGGGCUGCCUUUUCCUCGUACUUCCUUAUUUACCCGAAAAGUACCUUAAUCCUAUUGAUAGGAGAUUUACUAGGAGACUGCAGUUUGCAAAUACCAGACUUUACUGGUCUCCCCCAACGCCUUACCCUAACCCAAAUACAGGUCUGCCUACUCAGCAGUAUUGGUUUGGUACGGCACGAUCACUUUUGGCUUUGACUAAUCUUCCUUCUGUUUGGUAUACCAAAGUAGAAGGAAAGUUGGCUCAUUUGAUCUUGUCUGAUGGGUAUUGGGACAAUCAUUAUCAGGUAGUAUUCCUUUGUACUGAUUUCUUUGCUGAAAGGGAUAUCCUUUUACUGUGUGAGGCCCUCCACACUCGGUUUGAUUUACUAGCUAAACCUAACAAACGAAUCACUUCAACUGGCAAAAAAUGCUGGCGCAUUAGAUUCAGCUCUGAAGAGAGUAACCUUGUUAAACUUAGAUCCAUAGUAGACCCCUUCAUUUUACCCGAGCUUGCUUACAAA